GGUUGUCCCUCUUCAAGCGAGAAGGACCGGUAGUUUGUUUUUUUGAAGAGAACGUUGCUGUAGUCAAACAUGACAGCCAUGGCGUUUUAAAACCCAGAAUUAUUUAACUCGAAUACUUAAAAGGCACUGGUUUGAAAACUGCACGGGAAACAACAUCCCGGUUUACGUACAGUUUGUGGUCUACAAGAGAGAGUGAGUAACUUGGCCGAAGUUACUCUACAGACCAGUAUAAAUCGCCUCGUCUCUCAACUCCACUAAAUCCAUUUAUUGGGAUUAUAAAGGAUGUUAUGUUUUCCCUUUGUUGGAACAUUUUCUGCUUUGCACAGCGUUUGCCCACCUGUUGUGAAUAGUGACAUCAUCAUCUGAGAUGAAAUCCAGAAACUCUGUAAUGACAAAGCCGAACGCCCCCCGACCAGCCUUAUCUACAGAGGGGAAGGCGUCCUUCAGUCAAUCUCGCCCAAAAGCCUUCCCUAACAAAAAGAACAAAUCGAGUUUGAUUCCUAUACGUUCCCACCAGCAAAACAAUCAAAAAGCUCCCAUGCCUGAGAAACACAAGGAGGAAUGGACUGCCAAAAAAGGACAUGAUUUAUCUCCAAACCAACCAGACAUGGAUAUACCUAUCAUGGUAUCUCCAAGGGAUCAAACAUCUACAGUUUUCUCCCAGGAUUAUGUAGUGUCAAAGUAUAUCGAUCGCUUUCGCUAUGGACAGCCGAUGAGUCGAGAGGAGCGGCAGCGGAUGUCCUCAGUCCCUGAAGGGUGGAGGUCUUCCUCAUCUUUACCACCCAGUUCCACAGCAACUAAAACCUCACACAAAGAAGACCAGAGACGAGACCCCUCCAGUACAUUAAGAAGUCAGCUAGAUGAUGACUUCAAUUCCUCAUUGUGUAUAGGAGACCACAAUAUGGAUACAUAUGUUUUAUCUGACACCUCUCAGAGUGAAUUUGAGGACACCGAGCUACUUCACCUGCAAGAAAAGGCCAGCAUGCUUCUGCAGAGAGGUGACAGUAUUCUCAGGAAUGGAUUGAUACCUGUCACUUCAGAUGGCCUGGGAAGAUCACCUCUCUCUGCUCCUGUCAGUAUAGCUGAGCCGGUGUACAGACCUUUGAUUAACACCACAUUAACAUCUAUGACUGCAAUGCCCCUCCAAAGGUACACCGUCACUCCCUCAAUAGCGCCCCCUGUACGCCCAGAAGAGGACAUCCUUUUCCAGUGGCGUCUACGCAGAAAGAUGGAACAGGCCAACGAGCAGUGUCAGUCACAGCAACACUCUGCACGUCUUGCCUCUCCUUUCCACGCCGGUCUACCCUCGUCCUCGGUAAAUGUGCAGCCUUCCAAGCAACAGCAAAUUAUUCAGUGCCCCGAACCCACACAAGAAGCUCCUCUCAAGGCAGAAGCACACAGACAUCUCCCAUCACCUGCAUUUCCUGUGUCUGAUUCUUCAGUCGUCCAUCCACAGUCCCUUCCUCAUGUUCCUGCGCAUAUGCAUCUACUCUGUGAUCUGCUUCCUUGUCCUUCACGGUCUCAAGGAAAUUCACACAACCUAGAAGAAACACAAGUCUCUGGGAACACUUACAUGGAGGAACCUGCUCAUAGACAUAUUCCAUCACCUCCUCCUGGUCUUUCUAAACCUAUAGAAGUGGGUUGGAUUUGUAGACCUAUGAAUGAAGCUAAUCUUUGUAGUUCUGUAGGUGGCUGUAUAGAUAAAACGUGUCCUGCUAGACCUUCAGAAGGUGGAAGUUCUUCGAGAGUGAUAGAAGAAAAGAGUCACACGAGGCCCAGAGAAGGAGGUUGUCUUGAGAACUAUGGAAUGACAGAAAUGGCAGCAAUAGAAAAACAGACAAAGCAAUUGGGAGAUGGUCAGAAGAAGACAGAGGGUACCAUCAGAAAACAGAAGAAGUUGACAAGAAGUAUUAAACCUAGCGAACAUGCUAAUGGGUCUACCUCCAUAAGCAAGAGUUCUGCGCACCAGAAACCUCCGAAAAAGAACAAGUCACGAAUGGAACAGCAGCAGCAGCAGGAGAAACAUAAAGAAAAGGACAAUCAUACGCCACCGUCUUCUCCAGUUCAGCAGGCCUUAGGACAGGUUGUUUCAGAGGUCCUCUUCCCACCAACGGAUGCUUCUCCUGCACAAGUUGCAGCUGUCCCGUCGCUCCCAACACCUUCUCACACCUCCUCUUUGGAGGUCAUGUCCCAGCUGCUCCAAGAGGCCGAAGAUUCUGAUGAGAAAGAGUUUGAAGACGAUCCUUUACUACAAGUCCUUCGCACGCAGAGAAAGUGGGUGAUGGAGCAGAUGAGUGAAGUGGACUCCAUGUUGCACAAAUUCGUGGAAAAGCAAAAAGUUUCUCAAACGUGAUUAUUUUUUAUUUUUUACAAGGAAGCAUUUUGUACUUUAUUACAGAAAUACAGUUACAAUAAAAUAUUUUCACAUAUAGGUGUAUUAUUCACAUCACAAAUUAAAUUGCGGACUCCAUAUUUACAA